AUGAGCCUGCGAAUCGAUCGACCCUCGAACUCACCUACGGCUCCAUGUAAGACGCGACAAGGGCUUUGGCCGAAUUUAGCGGGCGCUUCAAGAGCGAGCGUCAGCUCAUCCAAGGAUCUUCGUGGGCCUUCUUCUCAGGCUCAUUAUCCUCAUUGCUCCUAUCCUUCUUCAAUAAUGCGAGCGCGGAUGCAAGUAGAAGAAGCCUUGGAGGAAGCCCGGUUAGGCCGGGGAACUCAUGAUCCAUCAUUGCCUAACGCUAACCAAGCGCCCUCUAAUGACUCUGGGACUGACCCUUUGCGACCCGCAUUACUGCUUGGUGGGGUAGCCCUGUCCAGCACAUCGGCUAUGGUCAACACAGUUCCCCAGAUGCUACGACAGCCCAGUUUUGUGCUCGGACAAUCUGGCUCCAAUCUCAUGCCCGAAGUCGCCCCCUCACACGGCUCUCACAAUCAGUACUAUGCCUCCCAUCCGGGGUCCAAUGCCCACCAGAUCCAGGAUUUAGACUCAGCUCGGAUGAUGUAUAACCAUGCCCGGGCUCAGCUGUCGAACCCGGCUGGAUCUUUGACAGGAUCACCAUCAUCAUCGUCCUCCACUAUCAACCCACUCGCCUCGAACGUGUUUUCUUAUGUCGAACGUUUCACCCAUCAACGUCUCCCACACGACGUCCACAGCCCUACUAUCCCCGGCGAAAUCUAG